CUCAUCCACAAAGCCUUCCGCAAAGACGAGGCAGAACUUUCAUGCCAGUCACCAGCACCAUGGAGCGGCUCCUGGGAUAUUCUUUCUGCCUCUUCCUGAUCCUGUCACCUUUAUGUAGCACAGGGCACCAUAUUCAAAGCCACAUGCCUUCUCACGAGCUCAUCAUUUCCAGUUUCUUGGUGCGCUCAACCAUUGUGUCUCGCUAUGCCUCCACCCAGGUGUGGACUUUCAUGACCAACCCACACGCAGAGGCAAAAGAAGCUUUCUUUGAUCUGGACCUGCCCAGUUCGGCCUUCAUCUCCAACUUUACCAUGACCAUUAAUGAGAAAAUCUAUGUGGCUGAGGUGAAGGAGAAGCACCAGGCAAAGAAGAUGUAUGAUGAAGCCCGCAGGCAGGGAAAGACAGCAGCUCAUGUUGGCACCAAGGACCGAGAAACGGAAAAAUUCAGGGUGUCGGCCAGCGUGGAGGCAGGGGGCAAGGUGACCUUUGAGCUGACUUACGAAGAGCUGCUGCAGCGCCAUUUGGGCAAGUACCAGCAUGCCAUCAGCAUCCGGCCCCAUCAGGUGGUAAGGAACCUCAGCGUGGAGGUGAGCAUCUCUGAGCGCACCGGCAUCAGCUACGUCCAUGUACUGCCACUCCGCACGAGCCGACUGCUGACCAACACCCUUCGAGGUGAUGCUGAUGUGCCACCAUCUACUCGGGUGGAGAAAGGAACACACUGUGCUUGGAUUGUUUUCACCCCAACCCCGCAAGAGCAGGCGGAGUUCUCCAGCUCAGGAAUCAUGGGUGAUUUUGUGGUUCAGUAUGACGUGACCAUGCCGGAUGUUGCAGGAGACGUGCAGAUCUACAAUGGCUACUUUGUCCACUUCUUUGCCCCGAGGGGCUUGCCCCCUGUACAGAAGGACGUGGUGUUUGUUAUCGAUGUCAGUGGCUCCAUGUAUGGCACCAAGAUGAAACAGACCAAAAAGGCCAUGCAUGUCAUCCUGAGCGACCUCCACCAAGAUGACUACUUCAACAUUGUUACUUUCUCGGACGCUGUGAAUGUGUGGAUGCCCAGCCAUUCCAUCCAAGCUACUCCUCAGAAUAUCCGGAAGGCCAAGGACUAUGUCAGCAAGAUGGAAGCAGACGGAUGGACUGAUAUCAACGCAGCUCUGCUUGCUGCCGCCUCCGUCUUCAACCGGAGCUCUCCAGCAGCGGGGAAAGUUGUGAAGGAACAGAGAAUCCCCCUGAUCAUCUUCCUGACAGAUGGCGAGCCCACCUCAGGCGUGACAGCUGGCAGCCGCAUUCUCUCCAACGCUCAGCAGGCUCUGAAAGGCACCACCUCGCUUUUCGGCCUGGCUUUCGGUGACGAUGCGGACUACGGGCUGCUGAGGCGCCUGUCGCUAGAGAACCGCGGCGUCGCUCGGCGCAUCUACGAGGAAGCCGAUGCCACUUUGCAGCUGAAGGGUUUCUACGACGAGAUCGCCAGCCCUUUGCUGUAUGAUGUGGAGCUGGCCUACCUGGACGGGGUGGCACAAGACCUCACCCAGAACCUGUUCCCCAACUAUUUCCUGGGCUCCGAGCUGGUUGUGGCUGGGCGGGUGAAGCCAGGGGCAUCAGAGCUGCGGGUACGCACCACGGGGCAUGGCCAGGAGGGCCCGCUGAGCCAGGAAAACGACAUCUCUGCCAACACCACUGAAGCUGCUCCCUUUGGCUGCUUUGGGGAUGCCAACAAGAUCAGUCGCUUUGUGCAGAGGCUUUGGGCCUACUUCACCAUUCAGGACCUGCUGCAGGCCCGGUUCCGAGCCAAUGACACAGCCGCCCGCCGCCUGCUGACUGAAAAGGCCACCAACCUGUCACUCAAGUACAACUUUGUCACCCCCGUCACCUCCCUGAUUGUGGUGCGGCCAGAUGAGGACAGAGAGAAGGGCCGGCCACCCAAAGCUACUACCAGCCCUCCUGGGGUGACCGGAGCGCUCAAGGCCACCCCCACAACUUUGGGGGUUUCUGCUUCAUCGGGGCUAUCUAAAGUGGCGAAAGCCACACCUACCCUUGGAGCAACCAGCGUCCCCAUGGUUGCAAAAUCCCCAAAGGCCACAGCAAGGCCAGGAUCUGCUCCCACUCCCCUGGUCCCAGUGGCAGCAGCUAGAGUUACUAAAGCAGCCAGAGUCACGUCCCCACCAUUUGCUGCCAUUACUGCUGUCACUCCCGCCACUGCCUUCAUUUCCCCAGUGCCUCCUGCUCCCGGUUACACCAAAACUGCCAAAGCUGCCACACCAGUUCCAGGAGUGACUGCCUUGUCUCUGACUCCUGCUGUCAUUCGUGGGUCUGCUAAACCACCCAGAGCCACAGCCUCCCCAAGGGGAACCAAGCCGCCCAUCAAACCCUCAAAGCCCAGCUCCACCAGAGCUGGGAGGCUUAAGGUCACGCUUCAGCCACACUCUGUUUUGGAGACUAGAGGAACAGCUGUUUCCAAGGUCCUGGUAGGGACCGCCAGCACAGGGCACGGCAGGCCUCCCACGACAGUGCACCCGCCUGGCAGUGCCAAGGUCCUAGGGGGUCACUCCAGUUCCUGGGAGCAGCAGGAGACGACACCAAACCCUGUCAACGAGCACCACAUGCCUACCAGCUGGCAGGCAAGUACUGCCAAGGUGGAGUCAGGGAACGUUCCCUGGAGUAAGACAACAACUCCCAAAGGUGGGGCAGCCACAGAGAUGCACACUGACAAGCCCCCAUGGGAUAGUACCAUCCCAGCUACAUCCUUAGUGACUCUGGGAGCAGAGUUGGAGAGUAAAAGCAGGAUUCCUGGUAGCACCACCUCUGCGCCAGACAUCAGCCUCCUCCUGCUGCCUGGGGAGUCCGAGCUACGCUCAGCCACCGACCAGGACACAGAAUAUGUGGAGUCAUUGAACCCGCCGGCUGUGUAUAGUUUCGUGACACCCCGGGGACAUGCAGGAACUCUGGAUUAUGAAGACUAUUCAGACUUCUUAGAAGAACCGGAUGGUGAUUCAGGCUCCUUGGUAGGUUCAUCUGACCCUGGCUUCUUCACUUUUUCCUCCUGGGUGGAUGGAGACCCUCACUUUGUAGUAAGGUUGCCACAUUCACUGGGGAACCUGUGCUUUACUCUGGAUGGAUGCUCAGGUGAUGUCCUGCGCUUGGUGAGCGACCCUGCAACAGGGUUGUCUGUCAACGGGCACCUAAUGGGGGCCCCUUUCAGGCCAGGUCACGAGGAGCGUCCCCGCACCUACUUUGAUGCCAUAACCAUGGUAGUGGAACACCCUCGAGUUGGCUAUGUGGUCAACGUAACACGGAAGGGCAUCACGCUCCACGGUGAAGGUGAGCUGGUGUUGCCCUUUGCCCAGCGGGCUGUAAUCCACAAGCCCCAGCUGGCAAUUUCUGUGUGGCCUGAAGCCAACGUCACCGUAUGGAUUGGUCACGAAGUGCAGUUCCUGGUUCUCCUGCAUCGCUACAGUCACCCCAUGGCUCUGCAGCGGGAUCAUCUCGGCUUCUAUGUGGUGAACAGCAAGGGGCUGUCCGCUUCAGCAAGUGGCUUGCUAGGCCAGUUUCAGAGGGACACCAUCAGGCUCUCCCCAGCCCCCACCGAAGGGGAGAGAGCGGCAUGGAUGUGGAGGGGCUCUAACAAAGCCCUAGUCACCGAGGUCACCAAAAUACUGAAGGAUUCAUCCUGGAGGGCACAUGAGGCACCAUGCUGGCUGCUGAAACGCAAGGAUGUGGAGGGGCUGCUGGGGGCUCCCUACAGCUCCUACGUAACCUCCGACCUGCUGGAAUUGUGAGCCAACCAUCUUUCACUCAACUGGGGUAGCAAGCGACAAGUCUAGGACUUUCCCAAUUCCCAACCUCCUGCCCCCCCCCCAUCCUUACGUGACCGGGAUGGUGUGGAAAAGGAGGGAGAGCCUGUUGUCUCCCUUCCAUGACCUUUGCAGUAGAUUCUGGGGGAUGGAGGCAGGAUAAUUUUAAAAAAAUGUCUUGCACAGUGCAGACAUGUUUACAUUUAUGCCCUCAUUACACUGUUUUAUUAACUUCAUAUAGAAAAGGACAGUGGAUUUAUCACAAAGGUCUCCUCGUGUGUGUGCAGGGAAUCCUGAAUGGGUAACUCAUUCCACAGGAAAGGCUGUGUAAAUUUUCAACAUCAUCAUCCUUGAUGCUGGGAGGAUAUUCACUUUUUCUCUCCCCUUCCCCCACAAACUUUCCAACAGAUAUUUGGCCCUCCAAAACCCCGAACUGUUAAAAAACAGCAACACAGUCAAAGGUAGAUUCAGCAGCAGACUGAAGCCUGCCUUACUUGGCCUAUGAAGCACAAGGACUUCCUGUCCUUUUUGCAAUAGUUGCCUAUUCCAGCAAAUGCACUGCAUCUUUUCAACACUAGCACACUAUUGGAAUAGAUCUGCAGGAGAGCCACUUACCAGUGGUGGGUUCAGAAACCUUGAUGCCCAUUGGUGCAAAGUGGAGACAAACCAGCUAGCAGAUAGGCAGAAUUCUGCUGUGUGCUUAAUGUGGUUAUUUUAAAGUCCUGCAAAGAACCAUCCCUUUUCUUUGGACCAUUUUGGCCAGAAGUGUGGCACCAUUAAGUCUUGAGAACUGAUCUGUGAAAAGGAGAGUUCAGUUCCAGGAUGAAGACGAGGAGUCAACUCUGAGAACAACCCAUGCAAGAUGCAAACCUCUCUUCUAACCAACAGCAAUCCAUUCAGAGCCACAGAACAGCAGAGGAGAGCAACCCAUUCAGGACACUCUCCGCCACUGAUGGAGAAUGGGCAUCAGGUUGUUCAAUAGUUAACAGGAAAGGGGGUGCUGCUGACUGUUUUAAGGUGGCCCUUCUCACCCCUGUACCUUGGAAGCAACAAGUCAGGGAGCCCACUAGGCUGUGCCAAUUUAUUCUGCAUUUUAAUCCCUUAAAUGACAUGUCAAUCCCUCCACUAACUAUGAUGAGCCCCACUUCUGUCCCAACUUUCCCUUUGCACUAAAGGCCCAAACCAGAAGCAAACAAGGCAGCAGUGGGGCCAGUAGGGCAGCAGAACCAAGAAAAUGGGUGUGAGGGAUUUAAAUUGCAUCAGCCUGGUCUCUGCACAGGAAUGGCUAGAAGUCCUCUUCCAUUCUCGCCCCCAUAAAAUUUCCGAUUAGACCCCAACAAUGUGAUAGCACAGACAACAGCAAAGAGGCAACCCCCGCCCCCCUCUAAUCACUCUAGGAGCCCAAUGUCUCCCCGUGAUGCUGUUACAUUACAUACAUUCAUUUUUUAUUUGUUGGCUUUAUGUUCAGAAAGGCUGCCCCUGAAUAUUGCAGCCAAGAGCCUCUUUCCCAGAAGUCUGAGACCAGCUCUGGCAAGACAACGUUCUCUUUUCACGUGUUAAAUUGUAUUUUACAAUUCAUACAAUAAAACGUAAAUGACUGUUGAGGAAUAGCUGAAUGGUACCCAGAGUCUGGACCACUGCUUGGCAUGAAGUAAGACUGCACCUGCAGCAAGCCACUUGCAAAGGUCUAUGUUACUCACUGCAUAACCCUCAAAAAUACAACAUCAAAUGCAAAAGGAUCAGCCUACUGCUUCUACGCAAAAGGGAC